AUGUACUUCACGUCAAUAAGUUCACGUUUGCUACUUUAUGAUGUCAACAGUUGGGAUUUAAAAAAGUCUUAUUGUUGUUACGAAGGUAUACUGCGGGAUUUAACGUGGAGCGAUGAUAGCAAAUACAUGUUACAGGUGAACUCGAAAGGUGUGGUAGAGAUACUAAGCCCAACUGACAAUGACAUUAGAACGUUACAACAUAUACCAUUAAAGGACACAUGGUCAGCCAGUUUUCAUCGUGAUGGUCAUCGCAAUAUAGCCAUUGGCACCAGAAGUGGCAACGUGGUUAUAUGGGAUACAAAAAGCAAAAAUAUUAUUAAAACAUUUCCGACGCCAUCACAGCAGUCUAGUGUGAACUUUGUUAGUUAUAAUGCCAAGAAUACAAGCUUGGCGGCAUCCAUGCUUAAUGGUGAUGUUAUUAUUUAUGGUCUUGUAUCGAACAUUCCCGUGUUAACAGUAAAACUCCCCUCCUCUAGGAGCAUUUCAGCAAUGAAGUUCCAUCAUGAAUCUAGGUCAUUACUUGGUCUUGCUACUGACGAAGGCCAUGUGAUUAUGCGCGACAUAACUACUAACAAAGACAAAGCGUACUUUCAGAAUGUUCAUGGCUCCCCUGUUAGCGAUAUUGCAUAUUCUCUGAUUAAUAGAGAUGUCAUGUUAUCCACGGGGUAUGAUAAGGUUAUGCACGUGUAUGAUGUCAGGGUUCAAAAUGUUGUUUCGACACUGAAGACUUCGUAUGCUUUAACUUCGCUAGCGAUAAACGUAGAGAAUCAAGUGGCUUUCGGUACUAAGAAUGGAGUUGUAUUAGUGUAUGAUCUCAGAGACUUAACUAAUCCUGUUAAAGUAAUAAAAGGUCACGAAGAAGAAGUCCAUAGAGUUGCAUUCCAACCGAUUAGAAAAAAAAUAGGAUCUACUGAUAUUAGUCUUCGUGAAGACAACGAGACUACUAAUCUGUCGACGCACAAAAUUAAUUCACCGGCUCGAGGCAGGACAUCGGACAUGUUCUUAAUUACAGAUUCUCCACCAAGAAAUACCGAUAUUUCUGCUCAAGCCGGUGAUGCAAAAGCUGAUUCCUUUUUGGUGAUGAUGGGUCUUGAUAAGUCUCACGAAUGUAAUGAAGAUGGAGAUAACUCAGAACAGUUUGAACAGAAGAAGAGUGAUAAGCUAGAACUGCGGUAUCUACAACUAGAUCCAGAUAGUAACUUAAGUAAAGUAUCUACUCCUUUAAACAGCAGAACUACGGAGAACUUAGGAUUUCCAUCGCCUAUAAUUACGAACGGGAGUUCAGAAAAUAGACAGCUGUCCACCGCCGAUGUAUCGAAUGUAAAACCAUCUAACUCUAAUCAAGGCCUGAUCAUGGAUAGUCAAGCUGCUGACGACCUAAAAGAUUUUAUAAAAAUAACUCUAGCUGAUAUAGCAGAUGAUAAUAGGAAUUAUUUCCUACACAUUAUGAUGGCUUUGACCAAGCAGAAGCUAUAUUUAGAGAAGAAAAUAACAACCAUGAGUGAGCAGAUACAAAAUUUGGUCAACCAUCAAAAUGCUUUAGUAGAGACUAAUAGAAAGUUGGCGUUGGAAAUUGACCAAUUGAAAUCAAAGCAAAAUUAUUAG